AUGGCGGCGGCGGCGGCAGCUUUGCCGGAAAUGUCUUUGGACAAGGCUCUCCAAUUCCAGCCCCGGACCCCAAUGUCGCUGAGAUUGAGGCAACUGGGUCGCGGCUCACACCAAUUCCGUGUCCCAGUUGACGACUCAGAUAAGCGGCCUUCAAGUUUCGAGUCCCGUGGGAGAAUCCGAGUUCUUACCACCCCGUCCAAAAUUCGGCUCGGGCGGAAGCCGGGAUUCGCUAACGGAAAGCCUGCCGUCAAGGAGGCGAAGGGUCCAAAAUUGGCCGCGAUCAUCGGCCUUGCUCUGCGUCAACUCCCUCCUGAUAUCCCGGUUGCCACUGAAUACAAGGGCAAGGUUAUUACCCUUCAGGCCUUCGACCUCCCCGAAAAUGGUGUUUUCGUGGUUGAGUGCCAGGAGCCACAUCGAGCGGAGGCGGAAAAAUGGAAUGUCAAGUUCUCAGGCCCGUAUUGGAUCAGCAUCGACAGCCUGACCGAGUACCUGAAGACGAUGGAAGAACCGGUUAAUGACAGUUCCUUCCCCAAGCACCUGAGAGCUCUUGAUGCCCUCGGCAUUAUCCUCGGACACACAGCUCGUGCAGGGGAAGGAAUUGCCACAGUUGGACGGAACCGAGCGUUUGCCAUAGAUGACAAGAGGAGGGAAGCCGUGAACACCUUCGGCGAAAGUUUGUUGGCCAUGCUGCGAGGGUACUAUCAGAGCGUUCGCACGGGCACUGGGAGAAUCCUCGUGAAUACCAACGUGAUGCAUGCUCCCUUCCGUGCCCAACUGGAGCUGAGUAGCUUGUUCGAACGCGAAGGGGUGGCAAAAAUGGAGAAGAUUGACCAGCUUCAGAAGUACCCACCACAUGUUAAGCAAAACUAUGAACGGCAGCUUAACAGCCUGCACAAGUUCCUCGGAAGGUCGCGGGUUCUCUGCAAGGUCCCUGGCGACAAACCCGGCAAAUGGUUUGAUGCCUGCAGAUCGAUUGCUGGCCUGGCCACUGCUAAGGACGGCCGAGUUGGGAGCAAUGUCCGGAAUCAGGAGGCUCCCAAAUUUGCCCAUGGUCUGCAGUAUGGUGGUCUGGCUUCCGUGCAGUUCUACCUGAAAACCCAAAAUCGGGGUCCGCCGCCCCGCCGAAGGGUCUCCAAUGGGAUACAAUACAACAUCAAGGCAAAUCUGAGCCUUCCUUUGGUCAACGUGGGGGCGGUCCAGAAGCCGAUUUACUUUCUGGCGGAGCAUUGCAAAUUGCUAUAUGGCCCCGUCAAGGCCAAGAUGAACCCAAGAGAGCAGAGCGAAAUGAUAAAGUUCGCUUGCCAAUCACCGGCUCACAACGGGAACUCUAUCACGAAUGUGGCGAGAGCGGUGCUCGGGUUUGACAACAACCCGCUACUUGACCGGUUCGGUGUCUCCGUCGACAAGCAGCUUAUUACCGUCAUCGGUCGAGAACUUACGCCGCCCGGUCUGGCAUAUCUCGCUCAGACAGGAAAUUCACUUUCCAUGGUCAGACCGAAAAAUGGCGGGUGGUUAAUGAAGGGCGCGAAGAUCAGCAAGCCAGGACGAUUGAUCAGAUCAUGGACGUUCCUCCACAUCUCCAAGCAACAAAAGCCCCGACACCAUGCCGAAGUCCAAUCGGUCGCCAUCAAGUUCAUGAAGUUCAUGGCGACCAAUAUGGGCAUGAAAAUCAGCAAUCCAGGCAAUCCACUGAAUGGGAGUUCGACCGAACCGGGAUUCAAGGUCAAAUCUGCUGUCGACGAAGCGAGUCUGAAGCUAGCUUUCAAAAAGAUCGUAAAAGCUAGACCGGAUUUUGUGCUUGUGCUGCUCCCGGCCCAAGAUACGGCGCUGUACAACAUGGUGAAGAAGAUUGCAGACGUCGACUACGGCUUGCAGAACGCCUGUGUUGUGCAGGACAAGAUCCUCGAGGAAAAGGGUCAGAUGAGAUAUUUUGCCAACGUCACUCUGAAGGUCAAUCUCAAGUUUGGCGGAACCAACCAAAUGCUCAGGGGCGAGAUUGGAUUGCUCAAAUCUGGAAAGACGAUGGUAGUGGGAUACGACGUCACCCAUCCAACGAACCUUGCCGCCGGGGCGGACAAACACGCGUCUAGCAUGGUCGGUCUGGUGGCCAGCGUUGAUAAGAAUCUCAUUCAAUGGCCAGCUGUUGCGUGGGUGGGCCCGGCAAGAGAGGAGAUGCUCGGCCAAGACUUGGUUGAGAAGUUCAAGUCCCGGCUGCAUCUAUGGCAGAAGAACAACCAGGGCCGGCUCCCUGAAAACAUUCUCAUCUUCCGUGAUGGUGUUUCUGAAGGACAGUUCAGCCUGGUCCUCGAAAAAGAACUUCCGCACAUCCGAGAGGCCUGUAAACAAACGUACCAGGCAAUUCUGAAACCGCGUAUCACUUUAAUCGUGUCAGCCAAGCGCCACCAGACGCGCUUUUUCCCAACUGAUACCCAGCACAUUCAUCCCAGAUCCAAGAAUCCAAAGGAAGGGACAGUUGUUGACCGUGGCGUGACGAACGUGCGGUACUGGGACUUCUUUUUGCAGGCCCAUGCAUCUACUCAAGGCACUGCUCGGCCGGCGCAUUAUACGGUUCUGCUCGACGAGAUCAUCAGGGCCGACUAUGGUGCCGCGGCGGCCGACGUCCUCGAGAAGCUUACACAUGACAUGUGUUAUCUCUAUGGCCGAGCCACCAAGCGGUCAGCAUCUGCCCGCCUGCGUACUAUGCUGACCUGGUCUGCACGAGAGCCCGCGUUCACUAGAGCGAGCUCUUUGAAGACACUGGAUCAAUGA